GCAAUAAACAAACGGUCAGUCUGUAUCACACGUAUACACACUACACACGCACACAGCCGCGAGGCAAAACAGCUAUAAUGGCUUCGUCCGUCCGCUGCGUUUUCAUGAAACGAUUACUCUUUCGUACUGUGAAUUGUUAUCGUUGGUUAUGUUAUGAAAAAAAUUUAUUUACCAAAUAUUUAGGAUUUGAGUAAUUAUCGCUUAAAAUUUUCCAGAAGAACCUUGGUGUCUUACAAAUUUUUUUCGAGAAACGCUAAACCGUCCAAAAAUGGGCAAAAGGCGAGAAAUUGGGGACCAGGCUUUACGUUUAUGCUCAACAAUAGCAAAAGAGCCGCGUGCACGCACGUGUUGAAGUUCAAAUUUUUUGGAGUCGAAAAAUGUGUUCGACCACAUUGUUGUUAAUUGAUAAUGUUUGUGUUUAAUUGCUUGAAAAACUCCAGGCUUUAAAGAAGUAGAUUUUAUACCUAUUUUUGUAUAAAUAUUUUUUAAUUACGUUUAUUUACUAGGGAUUCGUGAGUAAAUAUAGUGUUUUAUAGUUGAUAACAUGGGACGUAAAGCUAAGUUUGAUGAGAAAGUUGAGAAGAAUGGUCCCAGCCGUAAGGGAAAGAAAAGACAGGAGCCUGUUUUUCCAGAUGGAUUAUUGAAAAAAGAACCAGGAAAACUGAGUCAUAGGCAAGCACAAAGAGCUAAGAAAAGAUUGUUGAAAAAGGAGCAGAAGAAAGAUGCUAGAAAAGCCAAGCAGGAAGAUAAGAAAGCUAAGAAUAAGUCAUUUAAUGAACACAGUUUUGAUGAAAGUGAUAAAGAAGUUGUUAAUGCAAACAAGAAAAGACAGUUAAAAAAUGAUAACAAUGUAUCACAACCUAAGCCAAAAAAGUUGAAAAAGGCUGUAAAGGAACCAAAACUACAGCUUUUUGAUGAAGAAGAUGAACCAAAUCUACCUAAAGUUGACAAGAAAAAAAAGCUUAAAUCUAAAGCCAAUGGACAAGAAUUCAAAGUGGUAAAAGUUGCAGCAGAAAGCAAACAAAAGCAAAAGGUCAAUGGCAAGAAACAGAAUCUUUAUACAGAUGAAAGUAAGAUUGGUACUAAGAAAAACACAAAAAAUAAACAAUCAAUUUCUCUUCAAGUAGAAAAAGAAAAACCUAAAAAACUUAAUAAAACUCAAGUUAAUAAGAAAGAUUUAAAUACUGUUAGUAAAAAUGUUAAUAAGAAAACCGCACAAGUGAAAAACACCAUGCAAAAGUCUAAAGCUAAUCAGAAAACUAAACGUGCAAAGACUAACUUAGAACUAAUAAUGAAUCCAGACGCAAGUGAUGAAGAUGAAGAUGACAGUGAAGAUGAAGGAGGCUUAGAAGGCUUUGAAAUUGGAGAAUCACAUUCAGAAGAUGAUUUAGAAGAGACUGAUGAUUAUUUAGUCCAGCAAAAUGAUGAUGAAGAUGACGAUGACGAUGAAGAUGAAGAUGAUGAGGAUGAGGAUAAUGAAGAUGAAGAUGAAGAUGAAGAUGAAGAUGAAGACGAAGAUGCUGAUAUUGAUAAUGAUGAAGAUUCAGACCAAGAUUCAGAUGCUGAAGCUGAAAGUCAAGACAGCGAUGAUAGCGACGAUGGCGAUGACGACAGUGAUGAAGAUGAAGAAGACAACAAUUUGCUGCCAAUUGAGAAGGCUAAUAAAAGAUUAAAAAAGAAACAAGAAAAAGAAAGGAAAUUAGCGGAGGCUGAGAUGAAUGAAAGUAUAUCACAUCAGCAAAUAUUUAAUUUUCCUACCGAAGAAGAACUUAGCAACCCAACUAACUUGAAAGAUGUACAACAGAGAAUCCAAGACGUCAUAAUGGUGCUAUCUGACUUUAAAAAAUUACGACAACCAGACAGAUCUCGCUCGGAAUAUCUAGAAUUGCUCAAAACUGAUUUAUGUACAUACUUUAGUUACAAUUCUUUCUUAAUGGAAAAAUUGAUGCAAAUGUUCCCACUGAGCGAAUUGCUCGAAUUCCUGGAGUCUAGCGAGGUGCAAAGGCCUAUGACUAUUCGAACCAACACUUUGAAAACGCGGCGGCGUGACUUGGCUCACGCUUUGAUCAACAGAGGUGUGAACUUAGACCCCAUUGGAAAAUGGACUAAUGUCGGCUUGGUCGUUUACUCGUCCCAAGUGCCAAUGGGUGCGACACCGGAAUACUUGGCAGGUCAUUAUAUUCUGCAAGGAGCAUCCAGUUUUCUCCCUGUAAUGGCUUUGGAACCCAAAAUUAACGAAAGGAUACUCGACAUGUGCGCCGCUCCUGGCGGUAAAUCGUCGCACAUAGCAGCUCUUAUGAAAAAUACCGGAGUUCUGUUCUCAAAUGAUGUAAACAAGGAUAGAAUAAAGGCUGUAAUUGGUAACUUCCAUAGAUUAGGAAUUACAAACUCUGUUAUUUGUAGCUAUGACGGAAGAAAACUGCCUUCGGUAAUUAAAGGAUUCGACAGAGUUCUUUUGGAUGCACCUUGCACAGGGACGGGUGUCGUUGCAAAAGAUCCCAGUGUAAAAACUAAUAAAGAUGAAGUAGAUAUACAAAGAUGUUGCACUUUACAACGUGAAUUGUUGCUGGCCGCUAUAGAUAGCGUUAAUGCUCGAUCAGAAUCUGGCGGUAUAAUUGUUUAUUCUACUUGUUCUAUUCUUCCUGAGGAAAACGAGUGGAUCGUUGAUUAUGCUUUGAGGAAACGUGAUGUUAAAGUAGUCCCAACUGGUUUAGAGUUUGGAGCCGAUGGUUUUACGAAUUAUAGACAACACAGGUUUCAUCCUUCUUUGAAAUUGACAAAAAGAUUUUACCCCCAUAUGCACAAUAUGGAUGGUUUUUAUGUUGCAAAAUUAAAAAAGUUUUCGAACAUUAUACCUAAGCAGGAAAAGACUGUUGAUGAGGACGAGGAAGAAAAGACGGAAUAAAAAAAUGUAUCUAAAUUUAUACAUUUCAUGAAAUUGUGUAUAAAUGGAAAUGUAUUUAUAAAAUAACGUUCUAGCAUUCUUCUUUACAGCGAUAUAAAUAUGUACAAUUUCAUAUUAUAUGUUACAUUCUACAGAUAAUUUAUACAAUUAUUAUAGCUAGUGGCUAAAAAUAAAUCCAUAAAACUUUUUACAAACAAUUACUUAUUCACAGCUGAACUUUUUUUCUCAUCCACUGAUGUUAAUAUAUUCUUUUGUAGUACAUCCGCGUCAAUCUCAUCAAUACAUUAUGGAAUGAUCGUCAAUAUUCAAUAAAUUUUUAUUGUUUUCUCAUCGGAUUUUGCAUUAGUAUUUGAUUAAUAGAGAGCUUAUAAUCGAGAGUUCAGAAUACAUGGUUUCGUCUUACGACAGGAAUAUUAUUUGUAAUCUAUACGUUUUGUAAUAUUUUAAAAGUAAUUCUUAAAUUUCAAAACCUGGCUCUAAAAUAUUUUAGAAGUAAUUCUUAAAUUUCAAAACCUGGCUCUCUCAAAAUCAAUAAAAAAUAUAGCAAUAGUUUCCACUUGUUACUUAUUCUUAAAAUGGCAGGCAAUCGUCGUUUUUUGUGACACACUUCAUUCAUAAUUUUCAAAAUGAAAUUAAUUUUAAAUACACUUUUGGCUGAGUUUCUUCUGCGAGGAUAAAUAAUUUUGAUAGAAUAAUGAGUAAUUUUUAAAUAUCACAAAAUGCUUAAUUACUGUUAAAACGGAACUA